CAUACACAACGGCGUGUCCUCUCGGCUGAUGGGUUUCCAAUGAGGCGUUUUUUGCUGCUGGUGUUGGAGCGACUGGCAGUUCUGUCUAAAAACCUCAAAGUCAGUAAUUGCAGGAAACCAAAGAAGAAGCUCAAACGCAGGAAAAGAAAAGCAUGGGUGAUCCUGACAGUUUACCUCAAUGACACCCAGCAGAUGCUCACGGAGGUCCCUGUUACUCCGGCAACCCGAGUGUUUGAUGUGGUGGAGUAUUGCAAAGAGGCCGGCGAGGGGGAGUGUCAUCUGGCUGAAGUCUGGAAUGGACAUGAGCGAGUUCUCCCUCAGGAGCUGUUAUUGUUGGAUCUCCUUCAGCAGUGGGGAGCCCGGAGGCCCGAGGUCCGCUUCUACCUCAGACACUGCGCCCCCUGGCCUGAAGGAAGUCCUCAGCCGGAGCAGAGCUCGACCACAGAUGCAGCAGAAAGUGCAAAUGACAAGGUUCCCCGUGUGGAGCUGACCCUCUCCGAGCUCCAGGAAAUGGCCACGAGACAACAGCAGCAAAUAGAGGCUCAGCAGCAGAUGUUGAUCGCCAAGGAGCAGAGACUGCGGUACCUUCACCAGGGAGGCAGAGCUAACCAGGGCCAGACUCAGUCUGAGGCCGAGAAGCUGCAGCGGCUGAAGGAGCGAGUAGACACGCAGGAGGCAAAGCUGAAGAAGAUCCGAGCCAUGAGGGGGCAAGUGGACUACAGCAAACUGAUCAAUGGAAACCUCUCUGCAGAGAUUGAGCAUGUGAGCAACCUUUUCCAGGAGAAGCAGGCAGAGCUGCAGUCUGCAGUGAUCAGAGUUGACCAGUUGAGUCAACAGCUGGAGGACUUGAGGAGAGGACGCCUUCAGCUGCACUCCGGUGCACCAACUCCGGGGUCGCAGGGUGCAACCACCGGACACAAAGCUCUGUCUGGCCCUGCAGCCCUGGAGCUGAGGAAGCUCUACCAGGAGCUGCAGGCUCGUAACCGCCAUAACUUGGAGCAGAGCAGCAAGCUGGCCCACAACAAGGAGCUCCUGAACAAGAGGAAUGCCCAGGUGACGGUGAUGGAUCAGCGCAUCGGCGACCUCAGAGAACGCCUGCACAAGAAGAGAGCAGAGUUGAGCCGGAUGAACGGCGGAGGCCUGGCCUCCCCUCAGACCUCUCCCCACCCCGGCGGCGGAGUUUCAGGCCGGGUGGCGGCCGUCUGCCCGUACAUCCAGGUUCCUUCUGAGGGGAGAUCCGAGGCCGGCUACCCUCUGCCCCCCGACCCUCCACCUAAACCCUCUCAGCUCAGCCACACCCGCUCCCUCUCAGAGGACGACAGGACGGGCAACAGGAAGUCUUCCAUCCAGUGGAAAGUCUCAGAUUUAGACAUCGUCCUGUCUGAGCCCACCGAGGCGUGGGCCGGACCCCCAUCCCCUCACGGAGGGGACGGUAACAACUCUAAUGAAGCUCCGUGGCCGAGCAUCGGUAAGAGCGUGCCGGACUGGAGGACCAGCAGUCCAGAACAGCUUCCUUCUGGUUACGGUACAUAUCCCAGCGCCACCCACCAGGCAGCAGGACAUCACAGUGCCACGAGCUCGCUGCCCCGCUCUGCCCCCGGGACGCUGGGCUGGCCCCGCUCCAGCGCCGCUAAUGCCACUUCCCCCUCUUCAUCAUCAUCCCCCACUUCACAGCAAAUACAGCAGCGCAUUUCUAUCCCUCCCAAUCCCGGCCAAGGUCCUACCGGCUCUCCACUGUCCUCCCAAACGGAGCGCACAGACCCCCCUCCGGCGGUGGCUGUUCGUCCCUACGUCCCGGACCACCCGUCCAGGCCCCAGUCCCCCAGGAAGGGCCCGGCCACCAUGAACAGCAGCUCCAUCUACAGCAUGUACCUCCAGCAGCCGCAGGCCAAGAACUACGGAUCCCUCAGCAACCGGCCGACCGUCAAAGCAGUUUACGGCAAACCCAUCCUCCCAACAUCCUCUUCGUCUCCAUCUCCCGUCCCUUUCCUCCACGGAGGAGGUGGAGGAGUGAAAGCAGCAGGGGAGGAUGUUACAGAUGGAGGGAAAGGAGGAGGAGAGAGUAGUGAUGGGAAAAUCGUCCCUCCCCCCAGUGUGGACAACAUCCCUCGCCCCCUCAGUCCCACCAAGCUCACCCCAGUGGCCCACUCUCAGCUUCGAUACCAGAAUGAUGCCGACCUGGAGGUUCUCCGCCGGCGCCUCAGCAACGCUCCAAGACCUCUCAAGAAGCGCAACUCCAUCACCGAGCCUGAGGGCCCACAGGGGCCCAACAUCCAAAAGCUGCUGUACCAGAGGUUCAACACGUUGGCAGGAGGAAUGGAGGGAGGCUCAGGCAACACGUUCUACCAGCCUGAGUGUCAUUUAGGGGACAUGGAACACGUCCAUUCAGCCAAUGGGAAUGUGGAGCCUGGUGACAAGCACGUCAGCGUGGCAGCCGUGGACGCCGAAGCUCAAAAACCCAGCCCAGACUCCCGCCGCUUGUCUCCUCCCGUCGUUACCAUCGAAAUGUCCAAAGACACAACGCCGGCAGAGAGCAGCAGCAAGCUGUCUCCAUCAGCCAAGCCCAGCCCCCCCCCUGUACCCGAGAGGCCCGAGGACCAGAGCCACAGCAACAAGAGAGGAUCCAGUCCCGUCCACAGCUCCGGGGGACACACGCCGCCUUCUCCAUCACCUCCUGCACCACCUUCACUGCCAAAGGCAAAGCGAACCAACCUCAAGAAGCCGUCGUCGGAGCGGACGGGCCACGGUCUCCGGGUCAAGUUCAACCCCCUGGCUCUGCUGCUGGACGCCUCGCUAGAGGGAGAGUUUGAUUUGGUACAGAGGAUCAUAUACGAGGUGGAAAAUCCUAGUAUGCCUAAUGACGAAGGCAUAACUCCUCUCCAUAAUGCCGUCUGUGCCGGUCACCACCAUAUUGUGAAGUUCUUGCUGGACUUUGGAGUGAAUGUAAACGCAGCCGACAGUGACGGAUGGACUCCUCUUCACUGUGCAGCCUCGUGCAACAGCGUCAACCUCUGUAAGAUGCUGGUGGAGUCUGGGGCCGCCAUUUUCGCCACAACAAUUAGCGACGUCGAAACCGCAGCGGAUAAAUGUGAAGAAAUGGAGGAGGGCUACACCCAGUGUUCUCAGUUUCUCUAUGGUGUGCAGGAGAAGUUGGGUGUGAUGAACAAAGGCUUAGUCUACGCUCUGUGGGACUACACCGCCCAGGAGCCGGAUGAGCUCUCCUUCAAGGAGAGCGACGCCCUCACUGUGCUGCGUCGCCGCGACGACACCGAAACAGAUUGGUGGUGGGCUCGAGUGAAUGAGCGCGAGGGAUACGUACCCAGGAACCUGCUGGGGCUGUAUCCAAGGAUCAAACCCAGACAACGCUCACUGGCGUGAAGCCCAGAACAGGAAGCACGCUCACACAGGGCGCAUGCAUACAGACGAAGGAAGAGGAAGAAGAAGAAGAGGGGGAGCAUGCUGUGAACGAAGGGAAGGGCAGCCAUGAGGCUGAGGGAGGGGAGAGGCUGCAGCGAGAGGCGGAGAUGAAGCCACUUUUUUCUGUUUGCCUGGAUGUCGCUGAGCCACUUUAUGAUGAAAGCAGAAUACAUUUUUACCUGUCUGGGUGUUGUUUUCAGCAGUCAUAGCUCCACAGCUUCAGAAAACUUCAGCAGCAUGAGAGGCGCUGAAUUUAGAUUUAAAAGAACAAGUUUUAUAAGCAACUUUUGGAUGUAGCUUCAAGUUUCACCCAGCUUCAAAACAUCAAAAUAAAAGCCUGAACGUGCUGACAUUCUCUAGAGCUUUGACUAUUAAAUGCCACUUUAUUUUAUAUGUUUUUUGGGGUUUUUUGUUGUUUUUUUUUUUCCUUUAAAGCACCCAAAGUCUGGAGUGUUAGGCCAGGGGAUUAAUAUGCUUGAGAUGUGAAAUGUGAAGGUGAAGAUGGAGCGAGGAAAGAGAGCAGAGAAUAAGACGAUGUUUGAAUGUUGAUGGAUAGGCAAGUGUGUUUACAAAGUCUGGGAGGAGACGUGUCUGAUGUGCGACCACAAGACUGUGACACGUGGGUGCUGAGGUCGGCGUCAACCCACACAAGGCGUCAUGUUGUUUCAGAGGAAUAUUUCGGUUCCGAUUAUAUAAGUUGAUAUAAAAAGCAUCUGUGAACCAUUACGGAUAUCCCAAGCUUUGAGUAUUCCCUGUCAAGUCAGCAGGAGUUUAUGCUGCCAUGAGCUUCUGGUAAAACGGGAGAAAGUAGGUGAAAAGGAAGGUUCCAUGUAUGUGAAGAAGAUGGAUUUAAAAGUUAGGACUAGAUAGAGUUCAGGCUGAAAAGAGCGGUCAUUAUUCUGGUGCAAAACUGCUGAAACAUAGCAGUGUUCCCCGUCAAUCUAAAGCAAAGUGUUCAAAGUUGUCAUCCGUUUUGAAACUGAUAUUAUUGAAUCUUCUCAGAAAUGUGUCUUAAGAAGAAAACAGCCUCAUUCUUGCCCUAUUUCAGUAAAGAUAAAAAUAUAAAAUGUGUCAGCAUUAUAAAGGGACUGAAAUUCUGAAAAGUUUUCACCUUUUCACUGUCAUCUUUGUCAGUAGUUUAAUGAUCUGCCCUGCUCCCCUUAUUUUAUUGUUUUAUUUAAAGUAAAGCAUCGUUUUCUACUAUUACUACUACUCUCCUUAUCACUAGUGUACACUUCUGUUGUUUCUCUGAGUGCUGGCGCCGCUCACUGCUGCCCCCUAGUGGUCAGCGAGGGUUCGGCACAAAGGAAACAUUUCUCGAACCCCAUGCUCUGUAAAAUAUGAAGCAAGAAGGUGGCUGAUGUUUAAUGUGAGAGUGGAUCAUUGUUCUGAGGAGUGCAUACCAUUACUCUGUGUAUAUGCAACCUGUAACUAUACAGCUGAUGUAAAAUAAUAAAAGUAUAAUCCCUACAUGAAUUAAA